CCCGGGAGCCGAGGAGAGUAAAUACAACAGGAGCGCAAAAUGGCGGAACCGCCGAGCCCCGUGCACGGCGCUGCCGCUGCCGUCUCGGAGAAAGAACCGUUUGGCAAAUUGCAGCCCCCAUUCCGGGACCCACCAGGUCCUCUGUCGGCCAAGAAGUUCCGGACUGAGGAGAAGAAGGCGCCGAGGAGACUGAACGGAGAAGGGAGCAGCGGCGGGAACAGCAGGCAGCUGCAGCCGCUGGCGGCACCUUCGCCUCAGAGCUAUGGCAGCCCUGCGUCUUGGAGCUUUCCCGGUCUGUCUGCUGCCCCCUCCCCGUCCUCUGCUCGGAGCAGUUUCUCUUUUUCCGCUGGCGCGGUCCCUUCGUCAGCCUCUGCUUCCUCAUCUCAGCCGGUGCCGCGCAAACUGCUGGUCCCUCCUACGCUGCUGCACGCUCAGCCUCACCAUCUCUUGCUCCCGGCCGCCACCUCCUCGGCCAACGCCAAGCCGCGCCGACCCAAGGAGAAACGAGAGAAGGAAAGGAGGAGGCACGGCCUCGGCGGGGCAGGCGAGGCCAGCGGGGCCGCCCGGGAGGAGAACGGGGAGGUGAAGCCGCUGCCGCGAGAUAAAAUCAAAGACAAAAUUAAAGAGAGAGAUAAAGAGAGAGAGAAAAAGAAGCAUAAAGUAAUGAAUGAGAUCAAGAAAGAAAAUGGAGAAAUAAAGAUUUUGCUGAAAAGUGGGAAGGAGAAACCAAAAACAAAUGCAGAAGACUUACAAAUUAAAAAAGUAAAGAAGAAAAAGAAAAAGAAACACAAAGAGAAUGAAAAACGGAAGCGUCCAAAAAUGUAUAGCAAAUCUAUUCAAACCAUCUGCUCAGGAUUGCUAUCUGAUGUUGAAGAUCAAGAAGCCAAAGGCAUCCUAAAUGAUAAUGUAAAGGAUUACAGUGGAAAGAAUUUGGAUACCAAGAACUAUGAUUCCAAAAUUCCAGAGAACAGUGAGUUUCCAUUUGUCUCAUUAAAGGAGCCACGGGUUCAGAAUAACCUCAAAAGGUUGGACACGUUGGAGUUCAAACAGCUCAUUCAUAUUGAGCACCAGCCUAAUGGAGGCGCAUCUGUUAUCCACGCCUACAGUAAUGAACUCUCCCACCUGUCUCCUGUGGAGAUGGAGAGGUUUGCAGAAGAGUUUGUGGGUCUAGUGUUCAGUGAAAAUGAAAACUCUGCAGCUUUCUAUGUAAUGGGUAUUGUUCAUGGGGCAGCUACUUAUUUACCUGACUUUUUAGACUACUUUUCAUUUAAUUUUCCCAAUUCACCAGUGAAAAUGGAGAUAUUAGGAAAGAAGGAUAUAGAGACAACGACUAUGUCAAAUUUUCAUGCUCAGGUAAAAAGAACAUAUUCUCACGGUACUUACAGAGCUGGCCCAAUGCGACAGAUCAGCUUGGUGGGAGCAGUUGAUGAAGAAGUGGGAGAUUACUUCCCUGAGUUCCUUGACAUGUUGGAAGAUUCACCAUUUUUAAAAUGUACACUGCCAUGGGGGACACUAUCUAGUCUAAAAUUAGAGAGUCGAAAAGACAGUGAUGAUGGUCCCAUCAUGUGGGUGCGCCCAGGAGAACAAAUGAUCCCUGUGGCCGAUAUGCCAAAGUCACCUUUCAAAAGGAAAAGAACUACCAAUGAAAUAAAAAACCUGCAGUACCUACCUCGAACCAGUGAGCCCCGUGAGAUGCUCUUUGAAGACAGGACAAGAGCCCAUGCAGAUCAUAUAGGACAAGGUUUUGAACGACAGACUACAGCUGCUGUUGGAGUGUUGAAGGCUGUGCACUGUGGAGAGUGGCCUGCUCAACCCCGAAUAACCAAAGAUGUAAUUUGUUUUCAUGCUGAAGAUUUCUUAGAAGUAGUUCAACGAAUGCAGUUAGAUUUACAUGAACCUCCACUGUCCCAGUGUGUCCAGUGGGUUGAUGAUGCAAAACUUAAUCAACUGAGGAGGGAAGGCAUCCGUUAUGCCAGAAUUCAGCUGUAUGAUAAUGACAUUUAUUUUAUUCCAAGGAAUGUUGUUCAUCAGUUCAAGACAGUUUCAGCUGUAUGCAGUUUAGCAUGGCAUGUUCGGCUCAAGUUAUAUCACUUAGAGGAGGACACUGUACAGAAUACAGCUACUCAUGAAACAGGCACAUCACCAGAUACCACAUCAUCAGUUCUUGGACCUCACACUGACCACAUGCUUUGUGCUAUAAGCAAAACCUCCUUGGAUUCUAAUUUUUCAGACAAACUUCAUUCUAAAUCUGAACUGCAGCAGAUUAAACAUGAACCUAUUCCAUCUGUAAGAAUCAAGGAAGAACCUGUGAAUGUUUAUAUUCCUGAAAAGACUAGAGCACCGAAUAUGGAUGGCAAGAAUGUUAAAGCAAAAUUGGAUCAUGUUCAAUUUACAGAAUUUAAGAUUGACGUGGACUCUAAAUUUGAAAAUACCAACAAAGAUUUAAAGGAAGAAUUCUGUCCUGGAAGUCACAUAAGUCUAGUUGAUACAAGACAACCUAGUUCAGCACAUUCAAAUCAAGAUAGAAAAGAUGAUGACAUUUUGUGCUGAAUUUGUACAUACCAUUUACAAUUCUUUUCUUUUUUUUUUUUAAGUUAAUAAUGUAAUAAAGAUUCAUGAAUUCUGAAAGCAA